UUGGAGGCCGCCUUUAUCUUCCCCAUGGAUGAAGACUCUGCUGUCUACAGCUUCGAAGCCUUGGUGGAUGGGAAGAGAGUUGUAGCAGAAUUACAGGACAAGGCGAAGGCCCACACAAACUAUGAGAAUGCCAUUUCCCAGGGGCACCAGGCCUUCUUAUUAGAGGAGGACGUGAGCUCCAGGGAUGUCUUCUCUUGCAAUGUGGGGAACCUCCAACCUGGGGCGAAGGUGGCACUCACCCUGAGGUAUGUGCAGGAGCUGUCCCUGGAAGCAGAUGGUGCCCUGCGCUUCGUGCUCCCAACUGUCCUGAACCCUAGAUACCAGCUGUCUGGAUGUUCUCAGGACAGCUGCCUUAAUAGGAAGAUUCCUAUAGUCCCUUUGAAGGACGUGCCCUACACACUCAGUAUGGUCGCCACCAUCACUUCCCAGCAUGGCAUUGAGAAAAUCCAAUCCAAUUGCCCCUUGAGUCCUACUGAGUACCUUGGAGAUGAUAAGACUUCUGCUCAGGUCUCCCUGGCUGAGGGACACAAGUAUGAUCGGGACGUGGAACUCCUGAUUUACUACAAUGAGGUGCAUGCCCCCAGCGUAGCUGUGGAGAUGGGGCUGCCGAAAAUGAAGCCAGGGUGUUUCUUGGGAGAUCCAUCUGCAAUGGUGAGUUUCUAUCCAAAUAUCCCAGAAGACAAGUCACCAAAUACCUGUGGAGAAUUUAUCUUCCUCAUGGACCGCUCAGGAAGUAUGGAGAGCCCCUUGAGUAGCCAGAGUAAAUCUCAGCCACGUAUAGAGGCAGCCAAGAAAACACUGAUUUUGCUGCUGAAGAGUUUACCUGUAGGCUGUUAUUUCAACAUCUAUGGAUUCGGCUCUACCUAUGAGGCAUUCUUUCAGGAAAGUGUGAAGUACACUCAGCAAACAAUGAAGGAGGCACUGGGGAGAGUGAAGCGUAUUCAGGCAGACCUAGGGGGCACUGAAAUCUUGGCACCACUCCAGAACAUUUACAAGGCACCCUCCAUCCCAGGCCACCCCCUACAGCUUUUUGUCUUCACAGAUGGAGAAGUUAGUGACACGUUCACUGUAAUUAAAGAAGUUAAAAUCAAUAGGCAGAAACACAGAUGUUUCUCCUUUGGUAUUGGAGAAGGUGCCUCCACCAGCCUCAUAAAAGGCAUUGCCCUGGCCUCAGGGGGCACUUCAGAAUUCAUCACAGGGAAGGACAGGAUGCAGUCCAAGGCCCUGAGGACCCUGAAACAUUCUCUGCAGCCCGUGGUAGAGGAUGUCUCUGUGAGCUGGGAUUUGCCUCCUGGUCUGUCUGUUAAAAUACUUUCCCCAGAACCAACUGUCAUCUUUAAGGGUCAGAGGUUAAUCAUCUAUGCCCAAUUGACUGGGGUGAUGCCACCAGCAGAGACAACAGGAAAAGUAUGCCUCAAGUAUGCAUUGCAGGGCAAGAGUUUUGAGGAUAAGGUGACAUUUUCUCUGCAACCCAAGCCCGAUGCCAACCUCACCAUUCACCGACUUGCUGCCAAGUCCUUUAUCCAGACCAAGGACAUGGGCAACAUGGAAACUCCAGCAAGUCAUAAAAGCGAGGUAUUGAACAUCAGCCUUGAGUCUGGAGUCAUAAGCUCCUUCACAGCUUUCAUUGCUGUCAACAAGGAGCUCAACAAGCCAGUGCAGGGGCCCCUGACAUAUAUGGACAUUCCAAGGCCAUUUCUGCGGCCACAUUCCCAAGGUGAGUUUUAUCUCAUCCAAACUCAUAUGGAAUAAAUAAAUGGUCCUGAAUAUCUGAGCACACUGUUUAAAGGAAAAGGUGGUGAUACAUUCUUAACUUGCCUUGUUUUUCUUGUCCUUCCACAUAUAGGAUUUCUGGCUAGUGUUAAACUUUUCUGUCCUAGGGAACUAAAAUGUAUCCCAUUGGCAAGUAGGUUUUAAAUAAUCCAAGAGAAAAACCCAAACAUUAAGACAGAAAAUGCACAUAAACAUUGAGUAAUCAAACUCUCAAAAUGUGAAGUGGAUUUCUUUUUUUUAAAAAGCAGUAUUAUUGAGAUAUAAUUCACAUAUCAUACAAUUCACCCACUUAAAGUAUACAAUCCAAAGGAUUUUAACAUGUCAUGCAACCAUCACCUCAAUCAAUACAAUUUUAGAACAUUUUCAUCACCUAAGACAGAAAGUCCAUUACUAUUAACAAUCAUUUUCAAUUUCUCUUCCUGACCCCCAUCUUUCCUCUCCUGCACCCCACUUACCACUUCUCCCAUCACAGGCAAUCACUUACCUGCUUUCUGUCUCUCUAUAUUUGCCUAUUCUAUCUGUUUAUAUUUGGCUAUUCUAGACAUUUUGUCCUUCUAUCUACCUGUAAUUUUAUAUCCUUGGACCAAAAUCUUCCCAUUCCCUUACUCUAUAAUUACCAUGCCUUUGGUAACCACAUUUCUACCAUCCUUCCAUGAGAUCAGCCUUUUUAGAUUCCUUGAAUAAAUGAGAUCAUGCAGUGUUUGUCUUUCUGUGCUUGGCUUAUUUCAUUUAACAUAAUGUUCUCGACGUUCAUCCAAUAUGGUUCAAAUGAUAGGAUUUCAUUGUGUUUGAUGGCUGAUUAGUGGUCCAUUGUGUAUACAUCCCACAUUUUUGAUAUCCAUUUAUUUAGUGAUGGAUACCUAGGUUGAUUCCAGGUAUUGGCUAUUGUGAACAAGGCUACAAUAAACAUGGUAGUGCAGAUAUCUCUUCAACAUACUGAUUUCAGGUCUUUGGCUAUAUAUCCAGUAGGGAUUACUUGAUCAUGUGAUUAUUCUGUUUUUAAUAUUUUGAGGAACCUUCAUAAUGUUUUCCAUAAUGGCUAUACUAGUUUACAUUUCCACACA